AGCCCUUUUCCUGUUGGUGAAGUGACGAUAGAAAGAAUGCAAAUCUCACUCGCUGGUCCGGAGCGCUGUAGCUUGCUUCAUGAAAGUCCAGUAAAUUAAGUAUGUUAUGUAAUAGCUUACCUACAUGAACUUUGCUUUUUUCGAGAUGCAUCCCUUAAUGGUCUCUAUUCCUUCUUUUCGAUCGGAGGACAAUGCCUUGGAAAGAGGAUAUACGGUCUUCAAGAUUGAGGUGCUAAUGUGUGGCCGCCAGCACACUGUUGAGAAACGCUACAGCGAAUUCCACACCCUACAUAAAGCGCUGAAGAAAAUAACCAAAGUUCCUGAGAUUCCUUCCAAACAUGUGAGGAACUGGAUCCCCAAAGUUGUGGAGCAGAGGAGACAUGGGCUGGAGCUGUACCUCCAGACUAUAAUCAUGGAAAAUGAGGUUCUCCCCAAGAUUUUCCUGGAUUUCCUCAACAUCCGCCAUUUUCCCUCACUGCCAAAAACUGAGAGUUGUGGGUCAUUUGACACGGAAUCAGAUGAGUCGAGCAAGCUGACUCAUCAGCCAGCUCUCCUCUUCCUGCGGGACCCCUAUGUCCUCCCAGAUAGCCAUGACACAUUUCCUAAUGUGGUCAUCGAGGGAGUAAUCCAUGGAAUGUUCUAUCCAGACCUUCAGCCGAGGUAGAGCGGAAAAUGAAGGACUCCAGUGGCACUCCAUGAAGAGGAAGUACACACUAACCCCGACCUCUAUUUCGGAUCUCACUAACACGUUAGAGGGACAUAUGGAUAUAGAUUGGAAACACAAAAACUGGCCUUCACAAAUCGACUGUCCUUAAGGUAGUACUAUAUAUGUAUACUUCACAGCCUACACAUUACCUCAAAACCAGUGGUGUCAAGGGUAGAAAGAGGGGAAAUGUUGGAUCCUUAAGUGAGCUCAUGUAGGCUGUGAAGUGUAUGGUGUGGUUUUUAUUUUCAUGUUUAUUAAUUUAUCACUUUAGUUAUGAUCUAUUUAAAUGAAGUACUGCAUGCUCUUCUCAGAAAUCGGGCACGAAAUGCCUUGGAUGAUAAAGGGAAACUGACCAUAAGUUAAGUCUGAAUGUACUGUGUGUGAAGGAAAGAGGGCAUUCUCCACCGUUUUUGUAACACAGACACUAAUAGGUGGCUUGUCAAAACUGUGUGAUUGGAUAAAGUUGCCGCAGUUUGGAGUCACUUAAGGACAAGAGUUGACAUUUGAUUCAUUGGUUCAGCACUCUGUUGAAAAAAAAAACUGUUUUCCUACAAUUGACUUCUUUGUAUAUUGUGUCAGUGGACUCACUUAAUUUCAAGGCUGUUGAAGAAACUGUGUAACCUAGUUACUGUAAAGUAAACUUCGAUGCAUUGUUUAAAUGAAAUGAGGAAUGAACAGUGACAGACUUUAGUGCAUUACAUGCUCUACGUGCAUUAUCUGCUGCAUUCAGUACUCACCACAAACAUUUACUUGGAAUGGUAGAUUUGCACUUCACUCUGAGCCUGUUCACUACAAAUUAAUUCAUUUUUUUUAACAAACAGGCCCCUGUCUUUGUACCGUUUGUCUGGCCAUCUAGAUGUCUUAGUGAUGGGUGCUGCUGACCCAGUGGAAUCUGACUGAAGCACUUUAACCUUGUCACAGUGAUAUCAUGUGUGUUAUAGUGAAUACCAUGAAAAUGUCACAGCAAUAAAAUCUUAUUCACGUAAAAA